UCGGAUUCUGUGCUGGCUAGACACAAAGCAUCAUGGGAUUUGUAGUAGGAAUCACUUCCUUCUGCCAUCUCUUCCUGAAUGUGAUAAGGAAGGAAACUGCUGUGCUUGGUGUUUGUGCUGCUACAUAAGUUUCUCUUGGCAGAUUAUCUCCAGCUGCUGGCUUCCUGUUAGCACAUGGGAGGGGGCUGCUGCUCACUUUACUAACUCAGAAACAAUCUUCGAAUUCAGGACUAAAUGGAUAUAUCUGGACCAUCCCAGAGUCUUCUCUCUGUGUUUAUAUCACUAAUGUUCCUGCUCCCUGGAGUGAAGGCAAUGGAUGAAGGGGAUGCCAUAGCAAUGCUGAUUGGAGCAGUUAUUGUGGGCAUUGGAUUUUGUGCUUGUUUGGGGUACUAUGCUAGAAAGCGAGAAGGGCAGUACUAAGAUUGUGUAUUGUAUUUUGAGUUUAUACAAUUAUUGUUUAGGACGAUGUCUAUAAUAUUUUUUUAUGAAUUGUUAAUGAACUGCCCAUGAAAAUAAAGCAAUAUUUCUUUUUAGUAUGAGUACCAAAUACAAAAUGGAGUAUUUCAUGGUGUAUAUGUUUUUUUUCCAUAUUAUUACACUGGAAUUUGGAAACCUAAAAUGUAUUUAAAAUUACAUAUUUUACUAGUUUCUUUGAACAUGUAGUUUAGGUACUCCUAAUAGUUGGGGUUAGAUGAGCUUGAAAUAUCCACAUACCACAUAAUAGAGUUGUCGUAAGAAUGGGUCACAGAUUAGGUAAACAAUGCAGCUUGCAGUUGUGCACAGAAUUCAAUGUAGACAGUGAACUGAAACAAUGUAAUAGGAGAAUAGAAAAAUAUGGCACUUACCAAUGCAGAAAAUGAUCCAGUCUUUAUUCCAAAAGACACUGUAUACUGUAGAGAGUGGUUAAACAGAUGCAUCGGGGGUGCUCAGAGAUGACAGCUGUUUGGUACAGAAACACACUACUUUAGGCCUUGCUUCAAGGCCAGAACAGGUAUGUUUCUGCACAAAAUGGCCAUUGUCUCUAAGUCACUGAUAGUGUUUUAACACCUUUCCACAAUAUCCAGUGUCAAAUGGAAAAAAGCAUUCAUUAAGACACUGGUGCAUUGGUGAGUACCCUAUUUUCUGUUCUGUUCUCCCAUUACGUUGAGCUUAAAGUGGUACUCUGCUCCUAGACAUCUUCUUCCCUAUCCUUUGGAGACACCCCCGCAAUCUCUGGAACCCUGGCGUCCAGAACUCUACUGUGCUAGGCUUCGGGCGGCCGUGGUCAUCACGCUCCCUCCAUUAAUUUCUAUGGGAAGGGGUGUGAUGCUGUGGUAGUUUGUAAUCAGGCACAAAGUGGAGUUCGCUCUGUGGAGCGGAUUACUUGGGUGCCGGGACAGAGAUCGGAUUCUUUGGAUAGGGUUUAAGAUGUCAAGGGGCGGAGAACCCCUUUAAAAUAUACUUAAAUAAAAAGAGAGACGCCAACUAGUAAAAAUAAAAAUUAAGUACAGCAGUUCUAAAACAACCAAAAAUCCAUUCGUUUUUAGGGUCUUAUCCCUAUACUUCCUGGUUGAGCAAUUGCUCAAUACUUAAAUUCCCUGAAUGCUAAGGAUCGACUGAUAUCCAUUUAUUUUUUUAUUUUUAUUUUUUUAUGGCUGAUAACUAUAACUUAUACUGGAAGAUCAAAGAUUAUCGGCUAUUACCCCCGGCCCCAUAGAAGCCACUAUAGAUAAAUGAUUUAAAGUGGGUGCUUUAAAUCAAUGAACUGCAGCAGCCGCCUGCUUCUCUUCCCCUGCCUGUCCUGGGGUCCUCCCUAGUCCAACUGCCUCAUUGCCU